AUGAGCCAAAUCAUUUUCAAAGCCCCAGCAGCUUUAAGCCGCCGCUGUCAAACACGAUCCUUGUCAACCAAGCUAGGAAAACUCCCAAGCUAUCCGACUUCAAUCCGCCCAUCAAAGACCGAAGUUCAACAUGCGCAACUUUCUCCCCAGAACCUAGAAAUUGCUAUGCGCAGCCUCAAUCAAGAUGGCCUUGUCGUCGUGGAGAAUGCUAUACCUCCUGGCAGCCUUGAUCAGCUCAACACAAAGAUGAUCGAGGAUGCAUAUGCUCUUCAGGCCAGAAAGGAAGAUAGUCCAUUCAAUUACAACCCUGGAAAUAUCCAACAGGAUGCUCCACCGGUGAAGGAGCACUUUGAUACCAGCAUUUUCUUAAACCCGAUCGCAACCCAAAUUACCUCCUCAGCACUGGGGCCCCGUCCGAAAUGGACAUUCUGUUCUGGCAAUACCGCUUUACCACCAACAGCGGAGAAUCCUCCUAUGUCUCAGCCUGUUCAUUCAGAUGCAGACUUUGCGCAUCCGUUCCAUCCAUUUGCAUACGUGAUCAACGUGCCUCUGAUCACCAUGACCCCUGAAAAUGGGUCCACAGAAGUAUGGCUGGGAACUCACACAGAUACUGGACUACAUGUUCAAGAGGGGCUACACGGUGAGCGCGCAAGUGGCAGAAUCAAAGAAGUCGAGAUUGAGAGACGUCGUGCGGAAAGACCUCCCUGCCAACCUGUUGUGCCAAAGGGCUCUUUUAUCAUUAGGGAUUUGCGCCUUUGGCAUGCCGGGGUUGGCAACCAGACUAAAGAUCCACGAGUGAUGCUAGCAAUGAUUCACUUUGCAUCUUGGUAUCGGAAUCCCAUGAAGCUCGAAUUUGCGGAUGACGUAAGGUCUAUCAUUGAGAAUCAGACCGAUGUCGAAGUUCCGGUGGACUGGGUGACGAAGUCUGAGGCUCUUUCACGUUAUUUGAACCGCGGCUUCGGUAAUGCGUACGAUUUCAACCAGCGACCCUGA